AUGUAUCCUCUUCUCAAGACUCUGAUUUUUUCUGUAAUAUCUGGUGCAAUCGCCGCUCCAACACUCCUCGGGGCUCGCCAGGAGACACCAUUCACACAGAAAUCCGCAGCCUGGAACGCCGGCGCUGUGACGGAGUACCCUAUUCACUCUAGUUGCAACGCCACACAAGCCCAUCAGAUCGCCUUGGGGCUGGAAGAGGCGAUCGAGCUGGCCGAACAUGCAAAGGAACAUGUAUUGCGAUGGGGAAAUAGUUCUGAGAUAUACCGCCGUUAUUUUGGCAACCGCCCGCCAUACGAGGCCAUCGGCAGCUAUGAAAUCAUCGUGGGAGGAGAUAAGGGCAAUGUUCUUUUCCGCUGUGACAAUCCCGAUGGCAACUGCAGAUUGAAAGAUUAUGGAGGUCACUGGCGAGGAGAAAAUGGCACCGACGAAACUGUCAUUUGUGACUUGAGUUAUCAGACGCGUCGAUCGCUCAACCAAAUGUGUGCUCUGGGAUAUAACGUGGCUGAAUAUCCCACAAACACUUUCUGGGCCUCAGAUUUGAUGCAUCGGCUGUAUCACAUGCCCGCCAUUGGAGGCGGAUACAUUGAGCAUUUCACCGAGGAUUAUGAAGGGGUCAUUGAGUUGGCAUCAGGAAAUGGCACCGAGUCAACUCACGAUAGCGACACCUUGCAGUACUUUGCUCUCGAGGCGUACGCCUACGACAUUGCCGUGCCAGGCGUAGGAUGUCCUGGCCCGCGAACACCGGGAGACUCUGUGCCCACGCAAUCAGCGAGCACAACGUCGAGUGUCGGCGCCGGAGCGGCGGCAACGAGUUCGGGAUCGCCAACGGUUUCACAGAGCCCGUCUUCCACGUCAGAACUUCCCGGAUCACAAUCAUUACGCCCAUACCUUCAAUGCGUCCGUUCCUCCCUCACCGCUGCCCUCGCACUCUCAAAUUUCGCUUCACAAGCAUCAGAAAGACACAACGUGCCUGAAAUAGAAGCCGCCAGCUCUCCGGAAGUCCUGUUAAAUCCUCUGACCAUUGCCCGUAAUGAAAACGAGAAGGUCCUCAUAGAACCCAGUGUCAACAGUGUGCGAGUCAGCAUACGCAUCAAGCAAGCAGAUGAGAUUGAGAAUAUUCUGGUUCACAAGUUCACUCGUUUCCUGACCCAGCGUGCCGAAUCCUUCUUUGUUUUGAGACGGAAGCCUGUCAAGGGUUAUGAUAUCUCCUUCCUCAUCACCAACACUCACACGGAAGAGAUGUUGAAGCAUAAGCUGGUGGACUUCAUCAUUCAAUUCAUGGAAGAAGUGGACAAAGAAAUCUCCGAGAUGAAGCUAUUCUUGAACGCCCGAGCUCGAUUUGUUGCCGAAUCAUUCCUGACUCCGUUCGAUUAG